GUAUACUUGCCAUGCGCGUUAUAAAUGCAACGCGCCCACGUUCAACGUCGUAAGAAUGUGCCGAAAGGCAAUAAGUUCGGUUUCGGGCCGACCAUGUGCUACGUCAACUGUAACUUGCCCAGGGCGUUGCCGAUGAAUCACCACGAGAUAAAAAAAUUUAUUAAGGAUGGCGACGUGGAGAAACUAGAAGACAAACUGUUGAACGGCGAAGGAUACAAACUGAUUGGACACUAUUCGACGAACCCCAAAGUGAAACUAUUUCUGCAGUCUGUUCCCGUGUACAUGGCACGUAUCGACAUGCUACAAGAAUGUGCGUGUAAGGGUAGUUUAAGGGACAUGCAAGUGUUGCUGCAAAAUGGAAAUUCGUCAAGAAACACAUACAAAAUAUCUCCGUCGAAACUAGCGUGUAGCAAAGAUCUAAACGGCGUAAGUGUGUUACACAAGGCAGUAUAUUAUGAUUUUCCUGAAAUAGUUGAAUGGCUGGUGAAAGAUUAUCCGCAAACCGUUCAUGUCAAAGACAGCACGAUGCGAAUUCCAUUGCAUUACAUAUGUUCGUGUUCUGAACCAUCGCGGAUUUGGGAUUUAAUGUUAAAAGCCGGCGCUGAUCCAAACUCUUUGGAUAUAAAUAAAAAAACUCCAGUUUACUAUUUGGAGUGUAGCGAAAGUAUUCAUUUACCUAAUCCAACUAAAAACGAUUGCUCAGAGGAAGAAAUUCCUAUUAAACCGUCUAAUAUAAGGAUUUGGAUUCACGAACGUAACAUAGGCCACCUCGCAAGGGUAAUUUGGAGUGGCUAUGGUGAUAAAUUAUUAACUGAAACAAGUAAACACACUACGGUUAAUAAAUUCCUGAAAGCUGUGCCAUAUAUUUUAGGAAUUAUUAGAGAGAUCCAUAAGGCUGUGAUUGAUAAUAAUAUAGCGUUGUUAAAAAAAUUAAAUCGCGAUCCAGUUCCAAAAGAAGUAUUAGCUAGCAAAGAUAUAAAUGGCUUGACGCCAUUGCACAAGGCUGCUGGUUUAGGUCGACUAAGUGUAAUUGACUACAUUGUAACCAAAAAUCCCAAAGUUGUUAAUACGAGGGACGCAGAAGGUCGGACACCGUUACAUUUUGCCUAUUGUGCACCGCCAAAAAACGUUACUUCUGUGUAUAAUAGACUUGUGAAAGCCGGUGCUAAUGAAAAUUUAAUAGAUAAGAAAGGAAAAAUUCCAAAGAGUUACAGCACCAAAGCAAACGGUAUUCCCGUCGAUUUAUUAACCGUUCUACCCAAAGCUCCAAGAAUCGCUUCAGAAUUUCCGUCCUCUUGGGAUUGGAGCAUUUUAUACGAUAUUGCUCAAAAUGAAAAAGCGAACGAAGAAUCAAAACAACCGAAAAAACAGGUUCGCUCGAAUUUUGGUACAAAAGACACGCCUCUAAAAGUAGUCGAUAAAUUCGAAAACAUCAAUAUAGAUCUCGCAGAUAAUAAUGGUGGCUUUUCUUUGAAUGCUCCGCCAAUGGAUCUGGAAGAGAUAGAUGACGUGGAGCUGAAAUCCAAUGGAUUAACUCUAGGAGAAGCUAGACAGGCUCUUAACAACGGAUCACUAGAUAAUUUUUUAUCGGACGGCGGUCCUCUCUAUAGAACUAAUAACAUGAAAGAUACAAAUAACAACGUUGGGUCUAAUAUGACUCAUAAUGAUGCAUUUGGGAGUUCCAGUGAUAUAGCUCUAGAACGCAAUGAUUCGGCAAAAGCUGUUGUGGUAAAAGGCAGUUUGAAUGAAAUUGCUAAUUAUAUUUUAGAUGGCAAGCACGUGCGACUUUUAGGAAUGAAAUCAGAUGAUCCAGCUAUUCAAGAAUUUUUGGAUAAAGUACCAUUUUAUGCAAACAAAAUAGACCAGAUUCAUCGAUUCUGUUCAAAUGGUGAUCUGAAUGGGUUAAUGGAGGUUUUAGAUAGAAGAAAGUUUUGUUUAGCCCGUGAGUGUAAGACAGGGUUGGGCUUAACCCCUUUACAUAUUGCAGCAUUAUACGAACAAUUAGAUGUGUUCGGAUAUUUAGCAGCUAGGUUUCCUGAAACUUUAAAGUUAACCGACUUUUGUGGACGUUCUGCAAUGGAUUACGUAACUUUACUGCCGGAUAAAACUCUACUUAAUGCUUUAUUAAAAACGGACAAUACUUUAAAGGCGUUCCAAACCGACUACCACGCGUUACAAAGUACUAGACAGAAAACCGAACCAUUCGAACCAGAGAAGAUACGUGAAGCCUUGGGCUACGUUGUGCAACAUAGAGGUGAAGAACGUACACAUUCGGACAUGGAUAGGUCUGCCAAUAAUUCGGGAAAAAUACUAUCUUCAGUGAUGAGUGCAAGUCGGUACACCGACGAAGACAGAACAUACUUGACUCAAGCCGUUGGAAAACCUUUAUCAUCUGGACUGAAAGAACUAAUCAAACGUAGGCCGUCCAAUCCUACACUUUACUUAGCUGAACAUCUGACCAACCAUUGUGAUGAUCAGCAAUCCGACGAGGAAACAGGAAUCACAGAAAAGAAGGGUAUUGCGCAUCCUCAGCCUUGGGACUUUUUCAAAUAUUAUCGCACGGCUUUUCAAAUGAUAAGUCGCGAUGAAUAUGGAAUGAGUAUGCUACAUUACGCUGCGUCAAGAACACAUAAUCGAAAUGCAUUGUUCCAUAUGUUAGAAGAGCUCGACACAAACAUUGGUGUACGAGACGAGGCAUAUAGGACACCGAGAGAUAUAGCAGUUAUUGCUCAAAUCAGGGAAAACGUGAAAACUAUUGACAAGUACAUAGUUCACAUUAUAGCCAGAGGAGAACAAAAUAAAAUCAUAGAUUUAUUGAUGGAGGGCUACGAUCAUAUAUUAGAUGUGGAAACCGAUACGGAUAUCAUGACAUUGGCGACAGAGAGAGGACACUCGCACUUGGUAGAUAUGUUAAGAUACAUACCAACAUUUGAAGAACAAAGAGAAAGACUUCAUAGAGCAGUUAGAUUAGGAAAUCAAAACCUAGUAGAAGAGAUGUUGCAGCCUAUGGACGACCAGUGUGUCAUGUUGGCAACGGCAAAGAACGAACGCGCUCGUUGCAGUUUACAUAUAGCGGUUUUAAGCCAGAACGAGGAAAUAGUGCGGUUUUUAGGGGAAAACUUUCCAACUACUUUGAGCGUCUAUGAUAAUAUCGAACGUACAGCUUUACAUUAUGCAAUGGCCAUGGACAAAGUGGAAGCAAUAAGCGCAAUUUUAAUCACUUCUGGAGCCAAGCGCUUAACAAAAGAUCUGAAAGGCAAACAACCGAGUUACUAUUUCAUGAAUAAAAAGGACAUACACAAAUUACAGGAUGAAGAAGAUGAAUUACGUUUACAAGUUUAAACGUUUCCUCACAUUUUUUAUUUAAACUUGUUUAUAAUA